AUGAAAUUGGAAUACGAUACAAAUCCAUUCAAGCGACCGAUGAAUGCGCUACAAAAACAAUGGUAUCGUGUACUUAUCGCACGCCGUGUUGGCUUUGGACCGCCGAGCUCAACGAAUGAUGCCAACCAAAUGCAAACAUAUGAAGAAGUCUGCCAAAGGCGUUACAUGGAUGCAUUCCGUCGCUAUAAUGCACAGUUCCGUAAGGAAAUCCAACAACACGAAAUCAUGCAACCGACGGCUAUCGACGCAAUGCGCGUUCACAGAACAUUCGCCAUAACAACUCUGUGGCCGCCAUUGCAUUCGAAACGCGAAAUUAAUCUGACACUGGAACAAUUGGAGAAUGUUUUGAGUGUUAAAGAACGCCGGCGUUUGGAGGAGAUACUCAAGCGUGAAACGAAUCGCAGAUAAAGUACCAA